UAUCGAGGGCCGUCUCUCCACACCAUACAGCCUUGUCCCUUUCGUCCUCUCAACCUCAACUGUUCAACUCACACCCCUCUUCUCCCCUCCUUUACCCCUCUCCGCCUCCUCUUUCAAUCAUGGCUACCACACCAGCCGGCCGCAUGCUCUCCCGCCAACUGCAGCAAAUGCAGUCGGAUAAGGACAUCCCUGGAAUUAGCUGCGGGUUGGUCGAUAAUAAUGUCUUCGAAUGGGAGGUUAUGCUUAUGAUCUCCGAUGAUGUCAAGCUCUAUGGUGGUGGUUUCUUUCGCGCCCGUCUCACCUUUCCCACCGACUACCCACAUAUGCCUCCGAAGAUGAAGUUCGAGACGCCUUUGUUCCACCCCAACAUCUACCCCAACGGCGACGUCUGCAUUUCCAUCCUCCAUCCCCCGGAGGAAGACAAAUACGGCUACGAAUCCGCUGCCGAGCGCUGGUCCCCCGUGCAAACGCCCGAAACGAUUCUCCUCUCCGUGAUUUCUAUGCUGUCGAGUCCGAACGAUGAAAGUCCUGCCAACGUUGAGGCCGCGCGGUUAUGGAGAGAGGAUCCCAAGGAGUUCAAGAAGCGGGUGCGCAAGUGCGUCCGGGAUAGCUUGGGGGAGGAGUAAACCUCCUUUCACUUUUGUUCGUGACGGCUAUGAUGGUGGUGGUGGUGGUGAAUAGGUCGCUCGCUAUCUCGGCAAUUAUCACUCAAUCCUUUCCUCCCUUUCAGCUCAUAUCGUUGUUGUGAUGCUUGGCCGGUUGCAUGAUAGACUGAAUGCUUGAUCUAUCGGGACGGGAAAUUGGCGGAUGCGCUUGAUGUCUAUGGAUGAGAGCAUUUCGAUUUCAUUGCUAUCUCUAUCUUCUUAUUGUUAUUUAUGCCGCGGAGUUUGUUCCCGUUCUGCUGGUUUAGGACGGAGUUGAGCCUAAUUUCUAUUCUUUCGAUCUUCCUCUGCUCAUCCUACUACUUGCAUGCGUUUGUUCUGGUCGUACAUCAUUUCGCUUGGUUAUAUAUCCCGUUGGAUUGCUGUGGCGGAUUUCGUUCCGGUCGUGGCUAUGAAUGAAAACGAUGGUAUUGCUGUAGUCUGU